UGCGCGGAGCGGGGGAGGCUCGCGACGUGGCGGGAUGCGGCGGGCGGUGCUGGUUGUGCUGCUGCUGAUGGCGGCGGGGGGCGAACGGCGACCACCACGGGGGUUGGCGAGGGGUAAAGUGGAGACGUGCGGUGGGUGACGGCUGAGCCGGCUGCCGGAGGUGAAGGCCUUCGUCAGCCAGGACAUCCCGCUGUACCAUAACCUGGAGAUGAAGCACCUGCCCGGCGCCGACCCUGAGCUCGUGCUGCUUAGCUUCAGAUAUGAGGAGCUGGAGAGAAUCCCCCUGAGCGACAUGACCCGGGAGGAGAUCAACCAGCUGGUGCAGGAGCUGGGCUUCUACCGCAAGGAGACUCCCGAAGCUCCUGUGCCUGAGGAGUUCCAGUUUGCCCCUGCCAAGCCACUGCCCACCCUAAUGCCCCGCAGAGCUCCUGCAGCUGACAGCAAGACCCUGUCUGAACAGGACAAGAAGGACCGCCCAGACCUGUAAUGAGCAGUGCCAGGUGGUAGGAGGCCCUAUAGCCAGGGCAUGGGGACAAGGGUUUUAGGACAGCUGCCUCUUCACAUGGGACCAGGGAGCUUGCCAUGGGGUGGCAAGAGCAUGAGCAGGAAGCAGAGAUGUUCCCUGCUGCUGCUGUUGUUGCUUGGUGCUCUCUAGCCUCUGUCCCAAGGGUGUCCUGAAUUGUGCCAGCCUUGAGCAGAGGCUCCUGAGCACAGUGGAUGGUUGAGUGAGCCUAUGUGCCUGUCUCUGCCUUCCCCCUGAGCUAUGCAGCCCAGCCGUUCUGGCAUGAUUAGUAAGGAGAAGCAGAGAUCUUCUUGCUCCUUUCCCAUGCCCCAAGGUCCAUUCAACUCCUGGUGCUGGACAGCAGUAUCCUACCUGCACAGGACAGGAUGAAACUCUCAGCAGAAAGCUCCACGUGCUGAGGGUAGAUGUGCUGAGUCCUGGAGGUGGGAUGGCUGCCUCCUGGGAGGGUAUGGCUUUACAUCACCAGCAGGGCUGCCUCUAUCAAGCACACAGUAAAGCCGUUGCCUAUCAGCAGCUGCACCUUGUCAUUUUUCUGUGGCAGUCUCAGUUGGGUGCACAUCCAUGCUUGCAGGACAGAGGCAGGAGGGGGUUGCAGGGUUGCUAUGUAGUUCCUGUGCUGCCCCCAUGGCCAGGUAGAUCAGGUGCCAAAGCUUUGGGCACGAUUGCACCCAUGGGGAGCAAGGGGUGAGGGUGCUAUAGCCCAGCUCCGGGCCAGAGCUGAAGGGUCUCAGUGCAGCUGAGGUUGCAGAUCCUCCCAGGGCAAGGGGAAAUGGCCCUGUACGCAGUUGCUGCUGGAAGGGACUGGGGAGAAGGACCUGAGGCAGAAGAAUCACCCUAUAGAAUAAACUUUUAUUGUCUGGCU